CGAGCCGCAUGAACAAUAGGCGGCGGCGGCUCCUGCGGGCGGCCGCCCCGCACCCUAUGGACCGGCCGCUCUAUGGAGUCCUCCAGAUCGCUUCUCGGCUGCCUGGCGAGCGCCGCUGCCGCCCCGCCGGGGGAGGAUGCCACGGGCACAGGAGCCGAGGAGGAGGAGGACGAGGAGGAGGCGGCGGCCGCCGAGCUGGGCUCCCACGCCGCGCUGCCCUACUGGACGGCGGUAUUCGAGUACGAGGCGGCGGGCGAGGACGAGCUGACCCUGCGGCUAGGCGAUGUGGUAGAGGUGCUGUCCAAGGACUCGCAGGUGUCCGGGGACGAGGGCUGGUGGACCGGACAGCUGAACCAGCGGGUGGGCAUCUUCCCCAGCAACUACGUGACUCCGCGCAGCGCCUUCUCCAGCCGCUGCCAGCCCGGCGCCGAGGACCCCAGUUGCUACCCGCCCAUUCAGCUGUUAGAGAUUGAUUUUGCGGAGCUAACCCUGGAGGAGAUCAUCGGCAUUGGGGGCUUUGGGAAAGUUUACCGUGCUUUCUGGGUAGGCGACGAGGUCGCCGUGAAAGCAGCUCGCCAUGACCCCGAUGAGGACAUCAGCCAGACCAUAGAGAAUGUGCGCCAAGAGGCCAAACUCUUUGCCAUGCUGAAGCACCCGAACAUCAUCGCCCUCAGAGGGGUGUGCUUGAAGGAACCCAACCUCUGCUUGGUCAUGGAGUUUGCUCGUGGAGGGCCUUUGAACAGAGUGCUGUCUGGGAAGAGGAUUCCCCCAGACAUCCUGGUGAACUGGGCUGUGCAGAUCGCUCGAGGGAUGAACUACCUGCACGAUGAGGCAAUCGUCCCCAUCAUCCACCGAGACCUUAAGUCCAGCAACAUUCUGAUCCUGCAGAAAGUGGAGAAUGGAGAUCUGAGUAACAAGAUUCUGAAGAUAACUGACUUUGGGCUGGCUCGGGAAUGGCACCGGACCACCAAGAUGAGCGCGGCAGGGACAUACGCUUGGAUGGCACCCGAGGUCAUCCGCGCUUCCAUGUUUUCCAAAGGCAGUGACGUGUGGAGCUAUGGAGUGCUGCUUUGGGAACUGCUGACUGGCGAGGUGCCCUUUCGAGGCAUCGAUGGCUUAGCAGUGGCCUAUGGAGUGGCCAUGAAUAAACUCGCCCUUCCUAUCCCUUCUACAUGUCCAGAACCUUUUGCCAAACUCAUGGAAGACUGCUGGAAUCCUGACCCCCACUCACGUCCAUCUUUCACCAGUAUCCUGGACCAGCUCACAACCAUAGAAGAGUCUGGUUUCUUCGAGAUGCCCAAAGACUCCUUCCACUGCCUGCAGGAUGAUUGGAAACAGGAGAUUCAGGAAAUGUUUGACCAACUCAGGGCCAAAGAAAAGGAGCUCCGCACCUGGGAGGAGGAGCUGACCCGGGCUGCGCUCCAGCAGAAGAACCAGGAGGAGCUGCUGCGACGCAGGGAGCAGGAACUGGCUGAGCGGGAGAUUGACAUCCUGGAACGAGAGCUCAACAUCAUCAUCCACCAGCUGUGCCAGGAAAAGCCCCGGGUGAAGAAACGCAAGGGCAAGUUCAGGAAGAGCCGACUGAAGCUCAAGGAUGGAAACCGCAUCAGCCUCCCCUCCGAUUUCCAGCACAAGUUCACGGUGCAAGCCUCCCCAACCAUGGAUAAAAGGAAGAGUCUCCUCAGCAGCCGAUCGAGCCCUCCUGCUAGCCCCACCAUCAUCCCUCGCCUUCGAGCCAUCCAGUUGACACCAGGUGAAAGCAGUAAAACCUGGGGCCGGAGCUCAGUUGUCCCAAAAGAGGAAGGGGAGGAGGAGGACAAGAGGCUCCCAAAGAAGAAGGGCCGGACAUGGGGACCAGGAACACUUGGGCAGAAAGAGCUCACCUCAGGAGAUGAAGGAUCCCCUCAGAGACGGGAGAAAGCUAAUGGCUUAAGUACCCCGUCAGAGUCUGCACAUUUCCACUUGGGCCUCAAGUCCCUGGUAGAUGGUUACAAACAGUGGUCAUCCAGUGCCCCCAACUUGGGGAAGGGCCCAAGGAAUAGCCCUGCUCUACCUGGGUUCACCAGUCUUAUGGAAAUAGAGGAUGAAGAUGGUGAAGGCCCGGGAAAUGGAGAGAGUCAUCUCCAGCAUUCGCCCAACCAGUCCUACCUCUGUAUCCCUUUUCCUCGUGGAGAGGAAGGGGACGGCCCUUCCAGUGAUGGAGUUCAUGAGGAGCUCACCCCAGUCAACUCAGCCACCAGUACCCCUCAGCUGACGCCAACCAACAGCCUCAAACGCAGUGGGACCCACCACCGGCGCUGUGAGAUGGCUCUGCUUGGCUGUGGAGCUGUUCUGGCAGCCACAGGCCUAGGGUUUGACUUGUUGGAAGCUGGCAAGUGUCAAUUGCUUCCCCCAGAGGAGCCUGAGCCACCAGCCCGAGAAGAGAAGAAAAGGCGAGAGGGUCUUUUCCAAAGGGCCAGCCGCCCUCGUCGGAGUACCAGCCCCCCUUCUCGAAAGCUCUUCAAAAAGGAGGAGCCAAUGAUGUUGCUAGGAGACCCGUCUGCCUCCUUGACACUGCUCUCUCUCUCCUCCAUCUCCGAAUGCAACUCUACCCGCUCCUUGCUGCGCUCUGACAGUGAUGAGAUCGUUGUGUAUGAAAUGCCAGUCAGUCCAGUUGAAGCUCCACCCCUCACCUCGUGCACCCACAACCCUCUCGUUAAUGUCCGAGUGGAGCGCUUCAAGCGAGACCCUAAUCAGUCCCUGACUCCCACCCAUGUCACCCUCACAGCCCCUACACAGCCAAGUAGUCACAGGCGGACUCCUUCUGAUGGGGCGCUUAAGCCAACAGGAGCCCCCCCAGCACUAGCGAGUUGGAGCCCCUCCAGCAAUGGAAUGAGCCCCAGUCCUGGAACAGGAAUGUUGAAAACUCCCAGUCCCAGCCGAGACCCAAGUGAAUUCCCCCGUCUCCCUGACCCCAAUGUGGUCUUCCCCCCGACUCCAAGGCGCUGGAACACACAACGGGACUCCACAUUAGAGAGACCCAAGACCCUGGAGUUUCUGCCUCGGCCACGUCCUUCUGCCAACCGGCAGCGGCUGGACCCUUGGUGGUUUGUGUCCCCCAGCCAUGCCCGCAGCGCCUCCCCAGCCAACAGCUCCAGCACAGAGACGCCCAGCAACCUGGACUCCUGCUUUGCCAGCAGCAGCAGCACCGUAGAAGAGCGGCCUGUACUCCCAGCUCUGCUCCCUUCACAAGCAGGGACACUGCCCCCUGCUGAGCGGACGCUUCUGGACCUGGAUGCAGAGGGGCAGAGCCAGGAUAGCACGGUGCCCCUGUGCAGAGCUGAGCUAAACACACGUGGGCCUUCCCCCUAUGAGAUCCAGCAGGAGUUCUGGUCUUAGUGUCUGAAGGGUCAGGGUGGGCAAGGGGGAAGCCGGAGGAGAUGGAGGGAGCUGGCUGGCACAGCCCUGUCUCAGUUAGGCCCCCUGGGAUCCAGACCUCCUCCUUGCACUGAGAAUGCACUUUGAAGAUGGAAGGGAUGGAGACAGGGCCAGCCACUGCAGAGGGUCUCCUGCCCUGCAGGAUCUUUUUCCCCAUGUUCACUGGAGGGGCUGUGUCAGCUCUGGCUGUGUAGGAGAGGGAGGGCUUGUCCCCACCCUCCAGUCUUCCUCACCUUUCGGGUGACACUACAGUCAUUCAACCAAGUCUGUCCACUGCCUCCUCUCCCCAGCCAGAGCUGUCCUGGAGUCCCUUUGUCAGUCAUGAGUUCUACCGUCCACACACUGGUACUGAUGCGCUAUGAUUGAUUCAUUUGGCUUGUCUUCCGCUCUUCCCAUGACUCGGUGUCUCCUUUGGUAUCGAUGAGUGUCUUGUGUCCUAAGUCCUUUUGUGCCAGCUGAUGGGGACUGGUUGGCCUCACGAGGGCCAGAGAGCUUGACAGACCUGGAACUGCCUACCUGUGCAAAUCUCAGUGAGAGCCGAGAGUGAGGGGUGGGAGGAGCAAGGAGGCAGCCAGGGGAAGCAGUCAGGGUGGGUAGAAAGGUGCUCGAAUCACUCCUUGGUUUGGGUUGGAUUUGGGUUUUAGAAACAAAGGCAGAAAUCAACACUUAUUGAAUGGCUCUGUCUAACCCCUUGGGUUCAGGCCAUGGCUACACCAGGUUUGAAUAUAAGCAUAUUCAUCUCAGGAAUAGCUCUUUGGGAGACACACUCACUGAUGCCAGGUCUGAGGUCAGACACAGUGCCUACAUGUACCUGUCUAGUUGAGACUCUGUUCCUUCCUCUAGUUCCGGAAUCAGUGACCUCUAGGUCAUAGGUGAUUCACAGACACAGCUGAAGUGUGUCAGGAUAACAUAUGGGGGUGGGUCCUGGACCUUGGGAUGUGGAACUGUAGGGAUUUCGUUAUUGGACUUGUGUGUCUUGUGAUGCCCUUGAAGUAAACGGGAACCUUAGUAAUAACAUUUGGGUGUUUGGAGGCAGUAGCAUGAUACAGUUCUUCAGGCACUCAGUGGUCCAUUGAUGGGCACCUGAUUGAGGCCACCUCUGUCUCAGCACAGACAGCCCUUGUGCUGGGCGCUGCACUGUGAGCUAGACAGCAGAGACCAGCCAGAUGAGGCUAGUGCUGACUUGUUUAGUAUUUGUUUCUUGAACUUGAAUGCUAAGCUUCAUCUAAAGAUUUCUCACGUAUUUUCUUCACUGUUCACUUCCUCUGAACCCCUUUGUUGUAUGUGCACUAUGGCCCUUAGGUGACAGUAACAGCCAGUCCCCAGUGGUGUUGUAGACAGUCUGCAGGCUCCCUGUCUUUGCUGCCUGGAUGUCCAGAAGGAUUAGGUGCACAUGGGACAGGUGACAGAUUUUAUCACUGCUCUUCUCUGUAACUGAUAGAAAUUCUGCCCUGGGGAGCACCUAAGAGAGGGCAUUGGUUUCCACAAUUUCUUUAUGAGCCCUUUUGCUCUUUGGCCUGACCCUGUAGCCCCCUAGUCUCUGACAAGGAAGCGGUGCUGGUGGUGUCAGCCGGUGUUUUACUGUAGUAUCUCCUCUUUCCUCUUGGUUCUGUGGAAUGAGAAUGUAGGCAAUUCCCCUUACCCCUGUGCUCUGACUCCUCAGGAGAGGAGAGCUUGUGAACUCUCCCAGUAGUGCCACCCAACCUAGUGAUGAUGCUUCAUUCUUGAGGACUAGAUAGUCUGUUGUGUGCCCUUUUGGAUCUUUCAAAACCCCUAUUCCUAAGCUACAAACACAUCUACCCAUCUUGGAUGAUCUAAGGCUUUGAGGCAGACUGCAGCUGGCUCCAGCCCAUGUUCCAGCCCCUGGCAGGGUUUUUCCUGUCCGUGUUUGAUUGUGGCCAGCUUUCUGGGAAAGACAUAGUGUUACAGAGGCAGUCUACACUGCAUGACAAUGACCUGCCAUUGGGUGGCAGGUGGACUCUAGUUCUUACUUGUCCACCCAGCAUUCAGACAGAGGAAGGCCUUACUAAAGAAGUGAUUGUACCUGAGAGAAGAGAAAGCAGGGCUUUGCAUUAAGAUGUGUGCGUGGCAAGGGUGAUUUCCUGUUCAGCUCCGUGCGAGCCUAGAGAUGGGAUGCACGUUAAGGAAGUCACACUUAUGUGACUUAGGUUCCCUCCAUCUGUGGUCAUGGUUAGGAACAGGCCUGGUAGCUAUGAAUAAACCCACUUGCGUGACAUUAGCCAGCUUCUCACUUUUCUUUUACCACCCUUUCCUCAAAGACUUGCCUUCUGCUUAGAGCAGAAUCGUUGUCUUGGGGCUGCUAACAGCAUCGGGGACUGUUCUUUGCUGUGUCUCCUCCUCAGGUCUUCAAUUCCCAGCGCUUACUCUUGGGGAAUCUCUAUGGCUAAGAACUGAGUAGAUGCCUGCAUUACCCUUACAGCUAUUUCUAGGAAGCGGUAGUGGAUGCUCUUGACGUCCCUGUGAAUGGGUAGGCAUCAUAGUGACAACAGCCUGCAUUUGGACAGCUCAGAACAAGGCUAGCUUUUCCUUCUGACAUUUACAGAAUGACAUCAUUUUCCUUCACAUUCGCUACAUUUGUCUCAAAAACAGAAAGACAGACAGACUCUGACUGACUGAGUCUGGCCCCCAGGCCCUGGGGACAGCACAAGUUGGCCCUACUCCCCUGUUCUGCUUUUCUUGCAUGACUACAGUUCAGUGUCUUGACCCCUCUCAGGUUUCCUUGUAAAACCCUUCACCAUAUCCUUCCCUUGUGAGGGUGUGAUGCUCUGUGGCUUCCUGCCAACAGCUUCUUCCCUUGCCAGAUGAAUGCGCUGAAGCCGGCAGUGUGGUUCUCACCACCUUUGCCUCAGGGCAUCUUCCCUUAGCUUUAUCCUUUGGCUUCUGGAAGAGAAGUGUUUUGGGGUUGGCUUAACAUAACUGAUGGACACGGCGUAUGCUCUUCCACCAGAUUGUGUAGCCCAGGUAACAAUAGCAUCAUUUAUUUUCUAAUUCCCUCCCCCUCCUAACCUGCAUCUAGGUGUCCUUACUGUUGUGUCUUCUUGAGGAGAUGGAGCUGGGUGGCAGCUGGCUGUCUCUGCUUUUUUAGGUUCAUCUCUAGGGUCAGAUUUGCUAAGAGUCUGAAAUCAAACCAGUUCUGGAAGAACCUUUGGGAAAGUGGCUCCUAGCCCAUGGGACAUCAUGUGCCAAAGUAUUAUGCUCCUCACAAAGCCCCUUGACCCUCAGACUGUUGCUCAGGGACACAGACAUUGCUGGCUGUCUAGACUUGACCCUUUCUCCAAGCUUUUGCCUCCGCCAACCCUCCCAUGUUGUAGACACUAAUUGCCCCAUGAGAAGGGCCAUUCUUUUCUUUUUUUCUUUCUUUUGUUUUUGUUUUUCUGAGGCAGGGUUUCUCUGUAGCUUUUUUUCUCUGACAGCUUUGGAGGCUGUCUUGGAACUUACUCUGUAGACCAGGUUGGCCUUGGACUCACAGAGAUCCACCUGUCUCUGCCUCUUGAGUGCUGAGAUUAAAGACAUGUGCCAUUCCUGCCCGGCUGAGAAGGGUCAUUUUUAAUUCAUGAAAUUCAUCUCUUCUGUUCUUCUUUCCUCUGCUACACACCCACCCCCAUAACUGGGUCUCCCAUAUGCUAGGCAAAGACCAACCAAUAUCAAGCUUACUUUUAGCAGAGAAAAAAACAGUGGGCCCUGAAGCCUGAGUGGCUGUGAGUGGACACCUGAGGGUGUAAGUGUCCACCUGUGGACAUGGAUGCAGAACCCUGACCGUUUUUGAUCAUGUGUUUAUUUGAUCAUGUGCCUUUGGAUUGGUUUGGGGAAUGGUACAGUGUGACAGUUCAGAAGCACACAUCCCAUUGCUUUUAGAAGGCCUGGGAAGAGAGGCAGGUCCAACUUGUUGGUAAAGUACUGGACUUUGUCUUAAGGACGCGUCCAGACUGGAUUCAGGGGCAGAGGUAAGAGUGGCCCUCAGGGAGUUAUGGGUGGCAAGAACCUGUCCAUUUUUAAGUUGCAAAUUUGCCAAUAUCUGGCCCUCAGAAGCCCUCCAGCGAGCUGCGGGUGAUGCUCACUAUCCUAUUAAAAACCCUUCUAACUUUAAAAGCUAGGUUCAGCUAGUGAUGCAUCUUGGGAAACCCAGCUACUCGAGACCGAGGCAGGACACCUGCUUCACCCUCGGGUGUGAUGCCAGUCUGGGGCAGCACAGCAAGAGCCGGUCCCUUCAGUGUGUGGUGUCAGAGCUCCAAGUCCAGCGUGGAUAGCUCCACCAUGCAAGAUUGCUUUCCUUGGUGGAGAAAAGUGUGAAUGGACGUUUGAUUGGAGGUCAAAGGCCAACACUGGCCAUAUGGCUCAAUCAUGUAUCACUUGUCAUUGUCCUCGACUUGACCUGAGAAUGACUUCUUGUCAAGAUACAGUUGUUGGAAGCAUUUCCCAAUGGCAAUACAAUAUUUUCCUAGUUCACAAAUUAUAAUAAAAUCUGCACAUAAAAGGAGAAGCGCCCUUCUCCUUGGACUCUUCCUGGCAUUGCUGCAUGGAGGUUCAGCAUCUCUGGUAUUGAGUUGGAGGACAGGAACCAGGAGUUGGAAUCUUGUUUGAUUAGGGCUAAUUAAUAUGGGUCUAACUAGUCUAACCCAGACCUGGGUUCCUGGUUGGCUCUACAGACCAGGUAGGUGAGUUUCCUUUACUUUUUCAUGAACUGUUUCUGGGCAUUCCUUUCCAUUGCCUUCUCUGGCCGUUUCUACCCAGGUUGCCUUAAGCUCCUGGGAAGCUUAAGGCUGCCUGGGAAGCUAUAGACUGCCUUUUUAGGAUACUGGGUUCUCUUGAGCUUUGCCCUGGGACUGAUUGCUCCUUCUUGAUUUCUUACAUCCUUGGUCCCUGUUGCUGCAUUCCCUUGAGUCUUGUGUUGGAAAGAGAAGACCCUGGGGGUUGAAUGAAGUUGUCUGAGUGGGAGCUCCACACUGCUCUAGUUUCCUUGCCCCUGAAUUCCCUUCUGAUUGCUCUGACAUUUGAUUGUCAGGUGUGAACAUGACAGCUAGGUGGUGUCUCCGGGUGGGAAAUCCAAAUACAAAUCAGGCCUUCAGAGACCAGCCUUUCUCUCUGGGACAGGACAGGUGGAAGCCCUGACAUGUGAAGACCCCAUGGAAGGAGUGCAGUGUGCUUUGUAGUCACUCAAGACCAGGCAGGUUUCAAAAGUUUCUUGUUACCCUCAUUCCCGAACUCCUUAAUACCUUGCUACCUACACAGGCAGCCUUUAGGCUGAGCACUGAUCUCAUCAUGGAUGCUUUUUAUUAAUUUUGGCAUUUUGGAAAAUUGAGUUACAUUGAAGUAUGGUUUAGUCUUUGUCGAUUUUUUUAAUUUUUAUUUUAUUUUUUUAACAUGCCCUUGGAGUUUGUAUCCAAUACAAGUGCCUCACUCACCUCUACCUGGGAUGGGCCCUGCCUGCCCCUCCUGGAUCUCCAGAUAAGACUGUGGCAUUUGACGUAGGCUUUAUGUUUAUUCUCAUUGCCUCCCCACACAGCAUGUUCUGAGUGCAGCCCGCCACCCCCAGGAGCACUUGCCUUCAAAUACAAGAGUGAAGCCCCCAGUUCUCAACAUUGACACUGUAGCUGGGGGUCUUUUCCUUCCUUCAUGUUCUCUGGCUAGCUUUCAGGCUCUCAGAAGCCACUUUCUGGGUGUCUGUGUAUUCCAGGAGAGGGAAAGUGGUCAGGGAAAGAGAAGCCUGUGAAUUCUCUACUUCAGCGUCUCUGGGAAUUCUAGAAGUGAAUAGACCUCAUUCAUCCAAGAUCUCAGAAGCGAGUGAACGGGCGCUUUCCUGUCGUCAUUGCCCCUCCCCACCACAUGUUAAUCUCUAUCCCUACCCAGCCAGCCUUCUAAAUACCUUCACAGCCCCACCAGUGUCAGGUUCACAGCCAUUGUUCCCCUCCUCCAUUGUCAUUUCACUCAAUCAUUUACUCUACCUCCACUGAAGGCCAUGUCUGCUAUGGCUUUUUUUAUUAUUAUUAGUAUUAUUAAUAUUACUUCAGACAAGGUCUCGUGUAGCCCAGACAGGCUUCAAACUUGCUGCAUAGCCCGGGAUGACCUUGUACUUCUGACCCUUCUGCCUCCACUUCCCGAUUGCUGAUAGGACAGGCGUAUGCCUUUGUUUUCUUCUUUACUGUCAGAGACACGGAUUUAUCUUGGCCAGAUCUGGAGUUGAAUGGCAAAUCUUAAGCACUAAAUCUUCCACGCAGGAGGCUCUAGACGCAUGCACAGACGUUUUGUGUCUUCUUGCAGUGUGCCCCACAGUUGGUGGAUAUUACCCGCAUCCAUGGAUGUGUGAACAGACACGGGGACAUGGGCUGUUCAUCCUGGAGUCACAGAGCUGGGAAGCAAGUUGCUGAUCUGCUCUGUUUAAGACAUGACUAGCCUGUGGGCACAUUUCUAGGCCACUGUUGAAAAGCCUUGAGUUGGAAUUCGCCCAGCUUGGACCCGUGUAGCUUCUGAAGUCACCCUCUUCCUAAGGAAUUGUGUUCCCUGGCUGACCUGUGAUCUCCUCAGAGCUCAGCAAACUUCAUUUUUGCUGAUGGUGGCUCUUUCUUCCUUCACCUUUCUCUCAGUUCUGCGGGGAUUCUGAGCUCAUUGGGAUAUCCAGCUCGCUUCCCUCCCAGUACAACCUAAGGCUCGGUUUCUCUCUCCUGUUUUCAGUUCAUAGCUUCCCUGAUGUUGCUCCUCAUUGUAACUCCACUUUCCUUUGUUCCCAGAGCCUGUUCCAGCUCCUGUCUUGUAGGGAAAUGAUGCUGCUGCCCAUUUGUCACCUUGAGCCUUGCUAUCCAGAGAGGUGAACUCACUAACGUUCUGCUCCCCCGUCCCAUGUUCUCCUUUGUCCACAGCCACAACUCCACACUCACAGGUCUGAGACUCUGUUCAAAGUCUCAGGGGAGACACUGGUUGGGUUCUGGUUUUCUGAAAAAGCUUUCUCAGGGCUUUCUCCCCUUAGGGCCCUUGAAUCUAGAAAGUAAAGUGAAAGUUCUGUUUGUUUCGUCCUCUAGUAUCUUAACUACAAGUCUCCUGUGUCGGUCUUCCCCAUCUCUGUGUACCGAGAGUCCCUCCUUGAGCCCCCAUUUCCUUUGGAAUUUAAAUUAUUGUGUGUUGCCAGAAAUAUUUAAAGAUGGAAAUGUCCUGAAGGAAGCUUAUUAUCAGGUUCUUUCCUCUGUCUUUUUCUUUUCAUUUCUUUCGAGGUACUGUACAUUGCUGAUGAGGGAUGCCAAGCAGGCUUGGUUCAGUGGCCAAGCCUCCCGCUGUAUCACAGUGUGAUGCUGAUCUCAGCCUGGUCCCAACACCAGGGCUCUCAGAGACUUGAAUAAAACUGUCAUAGUGGUUA